GCGUCGCGUGUACUCUCAGCCUCUUCUAUAGUCAAAAAUAUUAACAGUUCCUAGGGGCGUUCACUCGUUACGAACCCAUGCCGUAUUUUUCUCCGAGCCUCAUCCCUUUCAUAUAUUCAACUUCAACUCAUCAUGGCGAAACAAACCAACGACAAAUUCCGAAUUACCAAGAGGGCACCAACAAAAGCCAAGGCGCGUUCGGCGGGUCGGCCCGACCGCGCAGACCGUAUACCUACCGAUGUUCUACUAGCCAUCAAGGUGGAACACCUAGCAAAUAUUGCCAGUAGGAAAAAGAAUCACGAGUAUCGCAAAUACCGGCUACCUGACGGGGUCGAACGGCUAUGGUUAUAUGAAACAGCCAAUGGGGGUGGGAAGGCGUCUAUAACACACAUUGCUGUGAUCCCCGAUUCUAUACGACGUGUCCCCGGCCAAGUCCCAACUGAACCCCCCGGCAUUGGCAACGACGAUUUUAAUGCCGGGUUAAAACAGUCCAAAUACGGUUAUCCAAUCUUGGAGCUAUACAAGCUUGUGCAGCCAGUGGCACUAGCUGAGAUGAAGUCUAAGUGGAAUAUGGGUGCUCCGAUGGGCUGGCGCUAUGUGUCGUCUGAAUUGUGGACUGACAGAUGGGGGAAGAAUAUCGAUCGCGAAUUGAAGGUUAAAAGGAUGUUUUAAUAUACGACACGGGUUGGUUUUCGUUUGCGUUUGGUUGGGGGACUGUAAUUGCAUGGAUACCUAGGAUUGGCUGUGAAUGAAA